UUGGGAGGAUUCGAUCCUUCGUUGUCCUUGAGUGGCAAUAGCAAAAAGCUGAAGCUGCCUGGUGAAGAAGAAGAGGAGGAUUAUGUGGGACUCGUCGGCGGAACCGGGUCCGAUGACUUGGGAGCAAGUUCGAAUCAGGUGCGGGAUGACGACGAAGAGAGCGAUGCGGAUGACGAUGAGGAAGAUGAAGCGCCCGAAGAGGCUUCGAACGUCAAUAGCAGGAAAGCCGUGGAGCAAAGGAGAGCAGCAGAGGAAAAGGAAGAAAAGAGUCGGUCGCUCGGCGCUCGUACGCGAUUCCGAACGUUCUGACCGCAGCACCCUUCCCCCUCGCACUCUUAGCCGCAAAGCCGCGAGGAGCAGGGCAGCCAAAGCUCGACAGACCGCCGCAUUAGCUUCCAAAUCCAUUCUCAAAGCUAAAGCUACUCGGGGCGAUGCAGCACUAUCGGGACUUUCAGGAGAGGAGGAGGAGGACAAAGUCGUAUCAUCGCUGACCGCUACUAGUCAAUCCACUCGACUAGAUCCAAAAAUCUUCGAGAGCGUAUUUGGAUCUGCAGCAUCGCUGCAAGGUAAUGGAUCUGAGAUAUCGAACAGACCGACAACAGCUGGAGAAUUGGCAGAGGCGCUGAAGGAGAGACGACAGGUGCACAGGGCAGAGAAAGAGAGAAAGAAUAGAGAGGGUGGUGUAGUGAGAGGGAGAGAUGGAGAAAGCAUGAAGAGGCUGCGAGACGGACGGACAGUGGUCAGAUCUGCCGCGGCGCCAAGGAUAGACCUGCCAGGCUCGCAUGAGGAUGCAAAUCCCGAUAGGAUGACAAGGCACCAUGAAGAGCGUGAAGACAUACUACUCCCCCAACCCGUGUCUUUUCGAGCAGGCGAGACACGUCCAGCAGCUCGCUCUCGAGCCUUUCUCAAACGAUCCCUCAAGCUGUAUAGCGCAGAACAAGCCGCGCGCAAAGCCGUCAAGGAGAGGGCUCGCAAGACAAACGUAAAGGGCACGGCGACGCCCAAGAAGACGACGGAUGAUCCUUUGGGAAUGGAAGAUCCUGCAUUCUUGCCCGGUGGAGAAUUCUACAAGGGCGACAAAAAGUUGACGGGCAAGAGAGGAAAGAGGGGAAGGGCGCCCGUGCCCAAGAAGGACUCGGCAUUCGGUAGAAGUGCAUCUUCGCACGCCGCAUUUGGAAGAACAGCCAAUCAAGGACCUGCUCUGCUCUUCUCUGCUUCUGCUUUUUGAUGUCUUGAGCGACUCGCUUGCCAAUUUCACCGUCCAUCGCGACGCUCCGAUGAGCAUCGCUUGCAAAUCGCGCCCGUGUGCGUUCCACGCGAGCCUUGGCUCUUUCCCG